AUGUUGUAUGAUAUGGUGCAACUUGAAAUAAGGAAAAAAAAGGAAACACAACGCCAACGGCACAUGAUGGGAGCUAUAUGUGGUGUGACAUCGCUAUCGAUAAAGACACAUGGAAAUAACUUUCUGGACCUAAAAGAGUUGGCAUGUUCCAGCCGCAAACAUACUGCAAAAGCUCAUUUUACUGAUUUUGAAGGGGAUGUAGAGGCAGCAAAGUCUCAAGCCCCUGAGGUUCAGAAUCAUGGAGGGACAUGCAGCUACGAUAGUGCUUGUUUUAAUAAUGAUGUUGAUGUGAAUUUCUUUGCUUCCAAACGCGACAUUUUUGACAACAAUUGGAGAUAUUAUCCACUCGUUUAA